AUGGAGGCCGUUCCACGGAUGCCGAUGGUUGGCUUUGAGCUGAAAAUUUCUCCCGAGCAGACGAGCUUUGUAGGUCUGAAGCAGUACAUUGCGGAGUACUACCACGAAGAUCCGGACUCGUACUCGAAGGAGUGCUAUCAGCUGGAGCAGUUGCGGGGAAAUGCCGCCCGGCCGACGCGUGACAUCGAGGGGACAGCCACCAUACGGCGGUACUACUGCCAGCUGCACUCGAUCCAGAACCGCUUUCUGCUCGGCGGGCUCAGCGAAAGCCAACAGAUACUGUCCUUCCACUGGAAGGACAUGUACUCCGGGGCGACGGUCACAAAGGCGAAUCUAAAGUUCGAAAUGGCCACCGUGCUGCACAACUUUGCCGCUCUCCACACGCAGCUCGGCGGAGCGGAAAGCCGCUCCGAUCCGGAAGGAAUGAAGAAGGCUUGCACGCACUUCCAGUGCGCGGCUUGGGCAUACGGUCACGUGAAGGAUGGUUACGCGGCACUGCUGCAGGGCGAUCUUUCCUCCGAGCUGCUGGCCUUCAUGCAGGCGCUUUGUCUUGCCCAGGCUCAGGAAUGCAUCAUGGAGAAGAGUCUGUGCGACAACCGGAAGUCGGGCAUUAUCGCCAAAGUUACGGCGCAGAUCAUUAGCUACUACAACUCGGCUCUGGCCGCGCUCCUCACGCAGGCAGGUGACGGUGGGCGGGUGCAGGACAUCGUUGGCAGCAAACUGUUCAAGGAGUGGCGCCGAUACGUGCGCUUUAAGAUAUCGUAUCUCUCCUGCAUCCUCCUGCUGUACCAGGGCCAGCAGUCCGAGGAGCAGCAAAAGAUGGGCGAACGGGUCGCACUCUACCAGGCGUCGUUCGAUAAGCUCGAGGAGGCACGCAAAGAGUCGAAGGGCAUGGGCUGCCAGGAGCAGGUGAACGAAGCUCUGCAGUUCACGAUGGACGUGGUCGAAGCGAAGCGGAAGGCUGCGAAAAACGAGAACGAAUUCAUCUACCACGAGGAGGUGCCGGAACUGAGUGCGAUUUCCGCCGUGCAGGGUGCCAAUCUCGUGAACGGGAUCGCAUUCAACGUGACCGAUCCGGAGGCGAUGGGUGAGGACAUCUUUCAUCGGCUCGUUCCGAUGAAGGCACACGAAAGUAGCUCCCUGUACAGCGAGGAGAAGGCGGCUCUGUUGCGUACGCUCGGUUCGCGGGUUGAAGACAAAAACACCGAACUGGAGACGUUUAUGAGUUCGCUCAAUUUGGCCGCCAUCAAGCAGCUCGAGUUGGGCGAGGAUGGUAAACCGACGGCGGCAAACGAUUCGCGGCUCCCGCAAGGCCUGGUCGACCGCUGUGCGGAGUUGCAGGCGAAACCGAACGCCAUUCCGGAUCUGGUGCAGUCAAUGUCCGUCCUAGCGGACACGUGCUCCGAUGUGGAGCUUACCUUGAAGGAAAUAAAGAGCCUGCUGCGACAGGACGAGGCGAAGGAGGAUCGGUACCAGCAAAAGAUUGGCCAACGUUCGAACGGGGGCGCCCACAUCGUUGAGCUGGGUCGCGAAUUGGCCAAAUAUCAGGAAGCACACAAUAAGGCCGGCGAAAGCAACGACACCCUGCGCAAAGCGAUGGGAUUGCACGUGCAGAAUCUGAAGAUACUUUCGCAACCGCUGCCCGACAUCCGAGCGCAGGUGCCAGUGUGUAACGAACAGUUCGACGGCGUUACGUUGUCCAAUCUGACCCUUAUGCUGGGAAAGGUCGAGGAAAUGCGCCUCCAGCGUGACGAUCUGUAUAAAGACCUGCGCCACAACAUCACCGAGGAUGACAUCACCUCGCAGCUGAUAGCCCUCGAUGGAGGUGGCAGCACGGAGCAGAAGACCAAAAUGGAGGAACUGUUCCGACGGGAGCUCUCGAAGCACGAUAAACUGAUCGGCAUUCUGGAGCAAAACAUGAAAGCGCAACCGAACAUCUUGAAGGCAAUGACCGAAGCGUACGCCCGCUGUGCGCCGACUCUAAAGAGCUACUCGGACAACAAGACGCGCCGGGAUCAGUUCUUUUCUUCGCUCGUAGCGUCGUACGACGUGUACCAGGAUCUGCUGUCGAAGAGUGCAAAAGGGCUCGAGUUUUACCGGAAGCUGCAGAGCAACGUGCAGAAGCUUUACUCGCGCGUCAAAGCCGCCUGCGAUGUGCAGAACGAAGAGCGCAACCAGAAGCUAAAGUCGAGUAACAUUUCCAAGCGUUCGAACGAAGCUGUAAACGGAGCCGGCGGAGCGACGUACACGUCGGGAGCAGCCGCCGGCACUCCGGGGGCCGGUAGUGGUGGUCCCAAACUGAAAGAUUAUCUAAAAGCAGGAACCAUAACGCUCGGAUCGAUUAAAGCAGCCGGAGUGGAUAAACAUUUGCCAUCGAUACGCCCGGCACCGGUCGGUUCGGAGAGCACCGGUGGCAGAGGUGCAAAUGCCGGUGGUGGAAAUGUGGGUCAGGCCGGAGGCUACUAUCAGGACUCGUAUAGCGCGGGCUAUAGCAACUACCAUCAACAACAACAACAGUAUGGAGGAAGCAAUGUAUCGCCCGCCGUUGCCGCCUACGAUUACGCUCAGUAUGCGGCGUCACAAAUUCAGCAGCAACAGCAGCAAACACCACACCAGCCAUCGACCAGCACCGGGUAUGCCAAUCCUUUGUAUCAAAACACAAGCCCCGCACCGUACUACUACAAUCAGCAAUCGCAGCAACCAUCGCAACAACAGCAGGCAAGUCAGUUGCAAAGCGUACCCACCCCGGCAAGCUACGAUUAUGGGCAACAGCAGCAGCAGUAUCGUCCAGCGCAGCAACCGUCACCGGUUCCUUCGACGGCUUCAUCAACGACCGACAUUAGCCAGGGACAGUCAUGGCCACAACUGUCGCAGCAGUUUGGUGCAAUGAAUCUUCAGCAACCCACCGACGUAUCAUCUUAUUAUGCGACCACAGCAAACAAUGCUCCUACGGGAGGUUACGCUUCAACGGACACCCCAACCGAUCAGCAGACGACGUAUCCCAAUCUACAGUCGCAGCUCAACGCCUAUACGGCUCCGCAGCAACAAUAUCAGACUCCGGCGACCAGUUAUAUACAAUAUCCGGUUUCUUCUAGUGAGUCGUUUGCCUCGACGCCGACGAUGCCGGAAGCGUACGGAAAUUACAGCCAAUCGCAGGUUAAUCACUACCAACAACCGGUAACAUCCCAGUAUUACCAGCAACCACAACAACAACAACCACAACAGCAACCACAACAAGGGCCAUAUCAGAGUGAGCAAACGUCAUCAUACGGUUCGCAUCCGGGCUAUUCCUUCAACUCACAAACUGGGGUGUACGAGUAUACCAGCGGUUUUCAGUACGAUUCGUCGUAUGUAUCCGCCUCGUACCAGAACCAGUAUGCUCCGAGCACCCAAACGGCCGCAGGAACCUCAAUGGCUGUCACUACGCCCAGUCAAUCGAUCACAUCCGUAGAUUCGUUCUCGCAGCCGUAUCAAAUCUCCGCCAGUCCAGCCAUUGCUGGACAGUCUUCAGGCACCCAGGGCGGCUACAAUACCUCCGCCCCUCAGCAACAACCUCAACAAUCUGAUUCAUCGUACUACUCGACGGGAGCGAUGGGCCCGAACGCGGCCGGCUAUUAUCACCAAUCGUCGACGUAUUCCACAAUCCAAUCGAAUCAGUUUGCGCAUCAGCAGCAGCUGGAUUCGAUGCCGCCAGCCUCCAUUCCGUCGGUUGAUCCUACCAACGUGGCCCACUAUUCGCAUCACACAAACUCGUACGUUGACAGUAGUGGGUCACAACAGGUACAGCAGCAGCAACAACAGCCGAAUGUCACGACAACGACUCCGUCAUCUCAACAGCAGCAGCAGCAGCAACAGCAACCUGCUCAAUCUGUACCACCGGCACCGAAACCUUCGGCGAGUGCCAACAUUGACCUAUUGUCCGGAAUUGAUUUUUCUCCGGCCGACGUGCCACCGCUUUCCGUGCCCGUUCUGCAGCCACAGUCCUCCGUCACACCGUCCGUCAGUGGCAGCGCGAUCGAUGAGAGUGAGAUUGCUAGCGUGAUUCUGACACCGUCAAAGGUACCGGAGAAGAUGACGCCCGUUCCGGCAGCAGUCAGCGAACCAUCCACCGCUGCACAACCACCACCGGCCCCGGCAACACCGAAUUCUGCCUCGAUCAGUCUCGAUCGGAAGCCAAGCUUCGACAAUCUUUCGCUCUGCUCCGAUCUGAGCUCGAGCUUCGACUGGGAAAGUGCCUCGGUUUGUGGUGCGACGGCCACUGCCUCGGGAGCGACAACCGGAGUCAGUGGCGCCGCGAUGGAUAAUGUCUUUUUGCGCCCCGCAAAACCGGACCCAUUCGACGACGCCAGCACGGUCAAGUGGUUCCACAAGGAGGUCGAACGGUUGGAGAAGUUUGUCGAAACGAUCAACGUGAAAACGCUGAACGGUACGACCCCGCUCGAUAGCAAGUGGAAGGAGCUGCAGGAUUUGCUGGUCAAAGAAGAAUCGAAGCGCCAGGUUGGUGUUGCUCGACUAUUCCCGGAGAAGAAUCGAUCGGUCGAUUGCGUUCCGUACGAUCACGCACGGGUGCAACUGUCGACCGAUACGGAUAACUACAUUAACGCCGUUUACAUAAAGUUCAAGAAGGACCCAAAGCUGGAUCUUGGUUUCGGUUGUCCCAAUUUUGUACUGGCCCAAACACCGCUGCCAAACACGGUGAACGAUUUCUGGAAUAUGAUUUGGUCCCAAAAAGCCAACGUGAUUGUGUGCCUUCACACGGCCAACGAGCUUCUCGAUCCAUUUUGGCCAACGGAAGCGAGCAAAGAGCUGAGCUACGGUGACGUAUCUGUAACGAUGAUGAAACAGUUUGAUCUGACACACUGCACCGAGCGCACGUUAUGCAUUCAAAUGCUCGGUGCCGACCAUUCGCUCACCGUUGCACUUUUGCAACCGAAACUGUGGCCGAAACAUAACACCGAACACAUUCUCGGAGUGGCACAGAAUCUGAUCGACGCGUACCGGCAAUACAAUGCACAGGUUGAUCAGAAGCUAACGCAGCUACGGCCCCUAGUGUUGAACUGUCUGAAUGGCUCCGAUCGCUCCAGUCUGGUCACGGUGGCCAUCGGUACCAUUCUGGCUACGCAAACACGAAAACCCCUGUUGAUAAAUGUGAUUGAUAUUUGGUACCGGAUCUGCUGCCAGCGAAAGGGUGCUUUGCGUGAUCCGAACUACAUACAACUUUCGUAUCAAAUCGUACUGAGCCAUGGGCACUGCAUUUUAAACAAACGUGGUAUUCUCACGUCCUAUCAGAUGAAAUCGGCCCAAGCAGCCAGCAGCACCGUGAAGGAGGAAGCGAAUAAUGAUCCCUUCAAAGAUCUUGAUCCACUGUGGAAAUUGAAAUGACGACCUUCGCCAGCGAUCGACGCGCACUGAUGGCUCUAAACCGGAACCCGGAAUUUAGUGGGCACGCGAUCACGAUCAAUCACUGCACGGGUGGCGCAUCGCACUGCAACACAAGCCAAAUUAUUGUUAAACUUUAUGUUUACUGGAAAAAUUUUAUCGUACUGUUUUAGUGUAAUGUUUCGCGUUUCAUUGUGUUCUGCGUUGCACGUGUUACGCCGGCGAAGUGCUGUAUCGGACACGAUCCAUCUAAUUCCCAUUCCCGUUUACUUUGCAGCUGCCGAUUCCAUUUUAUUUGAAAAAAGACCAGGGGAUGUGUUCCAAUAUCUAAACUAUUACACAAACAUACAUAUUUAUUUUUAUCGCUAAUAUACGGAAAAUAGUGAAAGAAUGAUAUAUAAUCUUCGAUCCUUCUGCAGUAGGAGUCAAGCAGGAGCGGCUUCGACCAAAAAUAUAAACGGUCAUUUCGACAGGUACGAAAUCGCUUGUCACAUGUACGACGUAUUUUCCACCAAAAUAAAAUAUCCUUGUU